AUGCCGCCCUCGGCUCGACACAGCGUGCAUCCAUCGCAUCAUCCACAUGCAGGCGGAAGAGACCUUCUGCCACCGCAAGGUGGCCCUGGAAUGCCACCCGGUCCAGGCAACGGUCCCAUGCAUCACCCCAAUCCGUCCUAUGCCCAGUCCAUGCCGCCUCCGCCUGGACUGCCGCCGCAUGCUAUGAAUGGCGUCAACGGUCCACCCUCGGCACACGGUGCACCGCCUCCUCGUAUGGUCAUGGCGGAUGGUCCGGGCGGUGGUCCUCCGCCGCCUCCUCCGCACAUUCCUCGAUCUUCGUCAGCUCAGAGUCGUAUCAUGGAUGCCGCAGGGGGUCCCGCCGGUCCUGCUGCUUCAUCUUCCCCAGCUGUGCAGAAACUGUCGCUGGCCAACGAAGCCGCUUGGGUCUCGGUCGGAUCGGCAGCAGAGACCAUGGAGGACUACGAUCGCGCUCUCUCUGCCUACGAGGCCGCUCUUCGACACAAUCCAUACUCGGUUCCUGCUCUCAGCGCCAUCGCCGGUGUGCAUCGUACCUUGGACAACUUCGAAAAGGCCGUCGACUACUUUCAGCGCGUUCUCAACAUCGUCCCCGAGAACGGCGAUACCUGGGGCUCGAUGGGUCACUGCUACUUGAUGAUGGAUGAUCUGCAGCGCGCCUACACCGCCUACCAGCAAGCUCUCUACCACCUCCCCAACCCAAAAGAACCCAAGCUCUGGUACGGUAUCGGCAUUCUUUAUGACCGAUACGGCAGCCUCGAGCAUGCAGAGGAGGCGUUUGCCAGCGUCGUCCGAAUGGAUCCCAACUACGAAAAGGCAAACGAGAUCUACUUCCGUCUCGGCAUCAUAUACAAGCAGCAGAACAAGUUCCCCGCCAGUCUCGAGUGCUUCCGCUACAUCCUCGACAACCCGCCACGCCCGCUCACCGAGAUCGACAUUUGGUUCCAGAUCGGUCACGUCUACGAGCAGCAGCAGGAGUUCAACGCCGCAAAGGAAGCCUACGAGCGCGUCCUCGCAGAGAACCCCAACCACGCCAAGGUGCUUCAGCAGCUUGGUUGGCUCUACCAUCUCUCCAAUGCCGGCUUCAACAACCAGGAGCGAGCUAUUCAAUUCCUCACAAAGAGUCUCGAAUCCGACCCCAACGACGCACAGAGCUGGUACUUGCUGGGACGUGCUUACAUGGCGGGCCAGAACUACAACAAGGCCUACGAGGCCUAUCAGCAGGCUGUCUAUCGCGACGGAAAGAACCCGACCUUUUGGUGCUCCAUCGGCGUGCUCUACUAUCAGAUCAACCAGUACCGCGAUGCUCUCGAUGCGUACUCGCGCGCCAUCCGCCUCAACCCGUACAUCUCAGAAGUCUGGUUCGACCUCGGCAGUCUGUACGAGGCAUGCAACAAUCAGAUCAGCGACGCCAUCCACGCCUACGAGCGUGCUGCCGACCUUGACCCGGACAACCCGCAAAUCGUGCAACGCUUGCAGCUUCUCCGCAACGCCGAGGCUAAGGGCGGCGAGCUUCCUGAAGCGCCCGUUCCUCAAGAUGUGCACCCGACCGCCUACGCCAACAACAAUGGCAUGGCCCCUGGUCCUCCCACUCAGAUCGGUGGUGGACCUGGCCCUUCCUACCCGCCUCCCCUUGGCGGUCCUCAGCUUGCCGGCACAGGAGGAGCACGCGGCGAUAUGUCCGAACGCGACUUGCCCGGUCCCGGCUACCUAGGCCAACCUCGUUCGCCCCCGCCCUUCCGAGGCGCCGGCCCACCUGGUGCAGACGAGAGGGGAUCGCGUGGCCCUCCUCCCGGCGCUCUGGCUCCGAUGAUGGGAGGUGGUCCCGGCGGACCCGAGCAGCUCGGUCGUGGUGGCUUCCCGCACUCACGCGGUCCUUCGCCAGGCCCGCCUCGCGUGGACCCUUAUGGAAGAAGGAUGGGAUCGCCACCGCGUCGUUCACCGCCACUGCCUCUGCGUGCAGACAUGCACGAUGGACACGGUCCUCCUCAUCACGGGAGUGACUUCCGCGGCCCACCUCCUCUUGCAGCUGGUGGCCCGGGUGGACCUCCACCCCCCUUGGAUCACUACGGCCGACCCAUGGGUGGACCCAUGAGCGAACGCGAGCGUGAGAUGGAAUGGGAGCGCGAACGAGAACGCGAGCAGGCGGCUCGUGGCUACCCUGCCAGCGGGCGCAUCACUCCCAAGAACGAUCCAGCCUACGCACGAUCUCAGCACGGAGGCAGCAACGCAGCUUCGCCUGCCUUCGGACGCCCUCCCGUCUACGGACGUGACGAGCCUCGCGAGUACCACAACAAUGGACAUCCCAGCGCCGGUCCCGGUGGUCCCCGAGGCGGCUACGAGCGAGGACCUCCUCCUCCUGGCAUGCGACCUGACGAACGAGGACCUCCGCCGCACCACUUUGAGCAUGAACGGGGUCACCUUCCUCCUCCUCCUCACCAAGCAGGCGAGGGUCGUUACGAUGGCUACGGAGAUGGUCACGACGGUCCCAUCAUGGGCGCUGCUUCUGCUCGAGGUCCGCCGCCACCCGGUCUUCGCGGCCCUACGCCGGACUGGGAGCGGGCACGAGCGGGUGAUCAGGGUCCUCCCUCCGUGCACGACGGUGCUGACGGUCGUGGUGCAGGAGGACCUGCCAACAAGGCGCGUCGAGGCCCCAAGGCCAAGGACGAGCUCGAGGCCGCACCUGCGCCCCCUUCGCCAGCUCCCUCGGCUGCCGGCAAGAAGGGCAAGACGACCGGCGGCUCGCGAGCCAGCUCGCCCUGGUCCUCCAAAGCCAGCACUGCAAGCAAGAAUGGCAAGAGCGGUCCUGGUGCUUCCCCUGCUGUCUCUUCAGCUGUCGCCGCCGGCAAGAGAGGCGGCGCCGCUUCGCUGCGCGAGAUUACCUCGAGACCCGGUUCGCCAGCUGGAGGCGCUCGAGCACAGCGCGACGCUUCGCCAGCCAGCUCGGAUGGCAGCAACGAGCCACUGGCCGCCCGGGCCCCAUCUUCGCGCAUGGUCGACGAGGACUAUGACGAAGGAGCUGCUGAUGCGCUGAUGGGGCUUGCUGGUGCCGCUUCCGCGUCGGCGGCGGCGACACUGGUAGCGCCCGCUCCUCCUGCUGCGGCUGCCGACCGAGCCUCCAGCCCUGACAAGCGCACCGAAAGCUCUUUGGGCAAGCGACCCUACAGCGAGGAGGACAAGAGCGCCAGCGGACUGGAAGACUCGUACAAGCGGGUCAAGAGUGGAAGCGCCGCUGCGGGCGAGGCAGUCGACCCUGUCAACGCAGGGUCGAAUGGUGUUGCGGCGCCUACGGAGACGGAGGCUCCCGCCGCAAGGCAAGGCUCGGAAGGUCGAAAGGAGCCCGCAGCAGUCACUCCGCCGGCCAAGGCGGCUUCACCUAAGGUCACCGAGAAGGUGCCAGAGAGCGUCUCGCAGCCGAUGGAAGAGGACGCGCCGGCAGCGCCCAAGACGAUCACGGAAGCCGCUACCGUCACCAAGGAGCCAUCGCCUGCCGCAGAUGCCCCCUCAAAAGCUCCUGAGGCUGAGGCCAAGUCGACUCCGGCACCCGCUCCAGCCUCGGCGGAAGCAAGCACGGCAGCCGACAGCAGCAAGGCCGCUGCUGCGAAUGAUGACGGCGCUGAGGAGGAGGAAGGGGAGAUCAACGAGGACUCACCCGCCAAAGUCGAUGACGAUGCGAAGAAGUGA